AUGGGUGGAGGAAUGGUGGUUACGGUGGGUGAUCUAGGCUGGUGGGGUGGUUGGAAUGGUGGUUACGGUGGGUGGUUUGGGCUGAGUGGGGUGGGUGGGUGGAAUGGUGGUUACGGUGGGUGGAAUGGGAUGAGUGGGACGGUUUCUUUUGUAGAAACAGGCAUAAAUAUGGUUUCAGCCGAUAAGACGCCUGCCAGAUCUGUAGCCCAGAUCAAGAAGGAUAACUUGGAGAAAAAGAAGGCCCAACAUGCGGCAAAAAAGGUUCAGACUAAGGCAGAGUCAAUAACGCAGGCGAAGACCAUCAAGAAGCUGACAACCGCGCUGGAGGCGGCGAACAAGAAGACAUCUGACCUGGAGCUCGAGCUUAAAAAUGCUCAGUCAGACCUCAAGGCUCUCGAAGCGACUGAAAAGGAGAACACCCAUCUCCGGGCAGACGUCGAUAGACUCAAAAAUAUGUUGGCCUAG